GGGUACCAGCCGCACGGCACCGCACCGCAGCGCCGCCCACACCGCCGGCGACAUGAGAGCCCUGCUGCUUCUGACGCUGCUGGCCGCCGCAGUGCUGACCGCCAGCGCCCGCAGCUAUGUCUACUCCCGUGCGCUGCGCCAGCGGCGUCCCGUCAGCUACCUGAUCCGGCGCUCGCCCAACCCGCGCAUGGGGCUCUGCUUCGUGGAGGCGCAGCUGUCGCGGCGUGUGCUGGAGCAGCUGCUGAGCGCUCGCUACCCGCAGCUGGACAGCGCGCUGCUGGAGCGGCUGGCCAUCCAGCGCGGCGGUCAGCAGCUGCCGCCGGAGCAGCUGCGCACGCUGCUCCAGGGGCCCUACCGGCGUCUGGUGCAGCCCAUCUAUCCCGGCCUGCUGCCCUACUACCUCUACAACCGGGCCGGCUCUCGACUGUUCUCCAAGAAGAGCCUGCUGAGCCCACUGCGGCGGCUGACUCCGAGCGACGUGCAGCUGCAGUUCCUGCGCUUCCUCACACGCAUCGACCGCCGGCUGGUGAGCGAGCCGGUCGGGGACGACGUGUUCUCGGCCGUGCGGCAGAGCCUGGUGGACGUCAACAGCGGCUACGGCGGACUCUCCGUGCCGCUGCUGCGCAACCUCUACGGCACCUUCGUCUCCGUCAUCGGCGGCAACGGCCGCAGUCGGUUCCUGCUGGGUCUGAGUCCGCAGAGGCGACUGCAGCACUUCUCCACCAGUCUGGGCUUGUACCUGCGCGCUGCCCGCGGCCAGCUGCCCGCGCUGCUGAAAAACAGCGCCCUGCUGUACCAGGACUUUGCCGGUGACGUCGACAGCCGCUACAUUCUGCACAGCAGCGGCAUCCGACUGCUCGGAGCGCUGGAGCGCCAGCAGGAGUCGGAGGCGGACCGCUUCUUCCUCGAACUGGAGCACGACCACUUCGAGGCCGUCAACGACGUCCUGUCCAGCAUCUUCCGUGUACAGCGCAGCCUCAGCCUCUCCAGCCUGCCGCGGCUGGGCUACUCGGGAGUGCUGGCGCGUCGCUUCUACCCGGGCCUCGACGUGGCGCAGACGGACGUCAUCGCGCGCUACAUCCUGCGCGCGCUCUCCAGCUACGGCGCCAUCAGCGGCAGCGUGGCCAAAACGGGCGGCCUGCUGCAGUCGCUGCCCUACCUGCCGUACGUCCGGGGACUGCCAGUCAACACCGUCAGCUCCAUUCAGCAGGCGGACCUGGCCAGCAUUCUGGGCAGCCUCAACCUCUCCGGGCUGAGAUCGCGGCUGACGCCGGAGGUCCUGCAGGCAGCCCGCGGCGGCCCGUUCAUCACGCAGGCGCUGCUGGCCUCCCUGCUGCACGGCGUGCGCUUCACCAGCCCCCAGCAGGGCGUGCUGCUCUUCCGCGACCUCCUGGCUAGCCUGCUGAUGCACGAGAAGCGGUUCGACCCGGCCCAGUUCACCUCGUUCCUGGGCGACCCGAUCCGGCCGUUCGUACUCCUGAACCGAAUCAUCGUCCCCAACACGCUGCCGGCCAUCCGGCGCAUCCCUAAGAUCCAGCUACUCCCGCUGAACAGCAUCCUCUCGCUGCGCGGCGCCCUGCAGCGCGGCAUCGUCCAGCUGCCGCCGGGCCUGGCGCGGCGCGCGCGGCUCGUGCUCCGGCCGCGCCGGGUGCCUCUGGUGCCGGUGCCGGAGCCGGAGCCGACGCCGGUGGUGGUCACCGAGCCUCCAUUUCCCAGUAUCGUGGUGUCCCGGGUGUCGAUCGGCAGCGCGGCCGCGCGCCGGCUGUUCGCGCUGCUCAGCGGCGGCAUCCCGGUGCUGACGGUGGGUCUGCUGCAGCCCGUCCUGCAGCUGCUAGUGGAGCGCCAGGUCGUCCCGGUCGCGCUGCUGAGGGCUCCCGACCAGCUGGAGGCGCGGCUCCAGGAUCUCCUGAAGGCCCUCCAGCCGCUGGUCUCGGUGGCCUCCCAGGCGGCCACCGUUCCCUCCUUUGUCACCGACAAAACAUUCACCGCCGACAGCGCUCGCGUGGCCUACAUCCUGGACCUGCUGGUGAUCUACAGCCGCGGCUACACGGUGCUGGAGGCGCCGCUCAUCUCGAACUCGGUGAUCGCCACGCUGCGUUCCUACUACACCGCUAACAGGGCGUUCGAGCCGAUUCCGUUCCUGGCAUACUCCGAUCGGUUCUUCCCGCAGCUGAUCGCGCAAGGGCUGCUGGCGCGGCCGCUGCGGCUGGGCUCCAGCACGCUCUCGCCGGCCACCGUGACGGCCACGCUGGCCGGGCUGCGGCCCGCCUACGGCCCCGUCACCUACCACGGCCUUGCCUCUGUGCUCGGCUAUCGGGGCGCGGCGCCGCUGCUGCGCGGAGUCGACCUCACCGACCCGGCGGCGCUGGUGCGCGCGCUCACAUUCGGCGCCUCGAAGCCGGCCUUCCAGCUGUCGGAGAGUGACGUCUCCGGCCUCCAGGAGAUCCUCAAACCAAUCAAGCUGUUCGACCGACAGUACUCGCUGGCAGACUUGCAGUUCCUCUUCUCGUUCGGUGUCCGGGAGCUGCGCAUCCCGCGCAGCAUCUACGGCGGCCGGCUGGCGCCCCUGUUCCGCGAGUCACUUACCUCCUUCAUCGCCACCAAGAAAUCACUGAUCGCCGACCGCGCCUACAACCCGGCCUACCUGCGCCUGGUCGUCGACCAGCUGCUGGUCGACAAGCUGACCUCCGGCGAGCUGUCGCCGCGCGUCCAGGUGCGCAUUCCCAGCGGCCGGCUGACUCUGCGCCGCUCGCAGGUCUCGCGGCUGGUGCGCCGCUCGCUGCUGCCGCUGCAGCUCCGGCUGCUGCCGCCGUUCGUGGGGCAGCUGCUGAUGGUCGCCGUGCCGGAGGUGCGCCUGCUGCGCCACGCCAAGCCGGCCUCGCUGCUCUCCAGCUUCGGCCAGUACCUGGGCUCGGCGCCGUUCACCAGGUUCCGGUUCUCGCUGACAGAUGACGAGUUCUCGGCCGUGCUGGGGACGCUCACCAGGCAGCGCCGGCUGCCGGGCUUCUUCCUCAGAUACCCAUCUCGCCUGCAGCGUUACUACCUGGAUAACCUGUUCGGCUCGUUCGCAGCCUACUCGCUGCUGCGGUACAACGCGCAGGAGCUGGUCACCGAGCCGCUCAGCCACUCGGCGCUCUUCGACAGCUUCUCCACCAGUCUGGUGCCCAGCUUCUUCAAGGGACACAAGUUCUCCGGCCUCGGUGACCUGCUCGGCGUGGCGCCCGACUACUUCACCCUUUGUCGGCGGACUUUCAGCACACUUCCCGGACUGCAGGCCAUCCGGCCGCCCGUUCACAUAGCCAGCGCUGGAGGCGCACCCAAGGGCGGACUGCUGCACUACGGCAAAUACCACAGGGAAGGAGGCUUCUUCACGGCGUGAGGCGCCUCCGAAUCAGGAGGGGCCGGCGCUGCAGCGGCCGACAGUCCCCUGGCAACCUCUCCAGUGAGGAGCGAGCGGCCGGUCGGCGCGCCGACAGGCAGUAUGUUGUUGACCAAUGAAUGAGCGGCUGGCGGGCGCCGUGUGCAGAAUUGUGUGGGGUACUCGUUUGUAUACGUAUAUCUGUAGCCGGUGAUACAUGUGAUAGGCGCCCAGCUGUCCGGAGCCGGGGCCAGGCGGGCUCCGGCGGAUCCAUCACCGGCCACUGCCACUGGAGCCGGGCGGACGUGUUCAGGGCUUGUGGCGACUGUUGUUACCUGUGCCUGCCACUGGCACGUAUGUACCUACCUCAUGCUUUAUGUGUUUGAUGUUGAGUGCGAAUACAGACUUUACAACAAUA